AUGAGCACAGCUAACAAAGAGACGAGACAACUGGAUUUAUUGCGGUGUACUUUUGCGGGUCGUGUCGUCGUCGUCGUUGCUAUGUGUCCGCAGCCCUCAGCGGGUGGUAAUUUACAGUGCGAAACUCGUCUCGAAUCGCGCGGAUCGUUCCCACCGAUAUGGCAGCUCUCCUGCCCAUCUCGACGACCCGGCUCCGAUCCGCAAUCGAUGGUUCGUUAG